CGCGACUCUCCAGCAUUAGUAACAUGGCUCUUGUGUUGAAGUUUCGGCUUUUCGCCUCCCGGUUACUUCUGGUGCCUAGACGGAAGCUGGCAUUGGGCAAUCCCGACGAACCCCUGCCAGUAGUGCGCAUUCCGCGAGCCCUACAGCGGCGGCAUGAACAGCUACAGAGCAGGUGUCGGAGGCCCCCGCGACCAGUGCUUGUGAGACCUGGACCACUGCUAAUCUCGGCGCGGAGGCCAGAGUUGAACCAACCCGCACGCCUCACGCUGGGCCGUUGGGAAUGUGCGCCGCUCGCCUCACGUGGCUGGAGGCACCGAUGCUCGCGUCGGGAUCAUUUCUCCAUCGAACCUGCGCAACACGAGCCGCCAGCUUUGCGGAACUUCUCGUCUGGGUGCAGCUUUGAAGACCUAGGUCUGGAUCCCCGUCUGCUGCAUGCACUACACGAGGCUAUACCCGAAAUAGUUUGGCCCACAACUGUACAGUCAAGCACAAUCCCCCCACUGCUUCGCGGCCGCCAUGUCCUUUGCGCGGCGGAAACAGGCAGUGGCAAGACUCUCGGCUAUCUAUUACCACUGCUCCAACGGCUCAUGCGCCAUCCAUUCCUGGACUCACACAGUAUCCCCACACCCCGAGGACUGGUCCUUGUACCUUCGCGAGAAUUAGCCGAGCAGGUACAGGCUGUGGCCCAGCCGUUGGGUAACAAUUUGGGCCUGCAGGUGCGGGAGCUAGGGGGAGGCCAUGGUAUGCGGAAGAUCAGGAUGCAGCUGUUGAAACAGCCGUCAGCAGAUGUGUUAAUCGCCACUCCAGGAGCUCUGUGGAAGGCCUUGAAAGGUCAACUGGUCAGGCUGGAACAGCUCUCCUUCAUGGUGUUGGAUGAGGCAGACACACUGUUGGAUGAAAGCUUUCUAGAACUAGUGGACUACAUCUUGGGAAAGAGCCAUAUAGCUGAAGGCCCAGCUGACUUAGAUGACUUUUUCAGUCCCAAAGCUCAGUUAGUGCUGGUGGGAGCCACCUUUCCUGAAGGUGUAGGACCGUUGCUGCAUAAAGUCACCAACCCAGACUCUGUAACCACCAUCACCAGCACUAAGCUUCACUGUAUCAUGCCUCAUGUCAGACAGACAUUUAUGAGGCUGAAAGGCGCAGACAAAGUGACAGAGUUGGUACAUAUCCUCAAGCAGCAUAACAAAGACAAGUCUGGACCCUCUGGAACUAUCCUAGUGUUUUGUAACAGCUCCAGCACUGUCAAUUGGCUGGGAUAUAUUUUAGAUGACCAUAAAAUUCAACACUUAAGGCUACAGGGGGAAAUGCCAGCUUCAAUGAGGGCAGGUAUCUUUCAGCGUUUUCAGAAGGGCUCCCAAGACAUACUUCUCUGCACAGACAUAGCUUCUCGGGGCCUGGACAGCACCCAUGUGGAGCUGGUUGUCAAUUAUGAUUUUCCCCUCACACUGCAGGAUUAUAUCCACAGAGCAGGGAGGGUGGGCCGUGUGGGAAGUGAUGUGCCAGGCACCGUCAUGAGCUUUGUGACCCAUCCCUGGGACGUGAGCCUAGUUCAGAAGAUUGAGCUUGCUGCUCGUCGAAGGAGAAGCCUACCAGGACUGGUAUCCUCAGUGAGAGAGCCUUUGCCUCAGCAAGCCUGAUUUGGGCUGGGUUAAAUGUGAUGCUGGAGCAGGCCUCCCUGUUCUGGUUGGGUAAACACAUUUGUUAGAACAAAGUGUUGGGUUUGUUGUUUGCCUGUCUGAGGACGUGGUAAGCUUCUUGUAGCUUUGAAAGAUAAACUGUUCCAUGAGGUUGUCUUUCAUAUGACACAAGAAAACUAAAGUGGAUUCUGGAUUUUUAAUUUUGUAUCAUGUGAUUUCUAAAAAUAAAUGAUCUUUGUAUGGGU